UCCUAUGGUCAUAGAAUGUGAUUAGAUAAAUGAAUAAUUCAAUGCUUUAAGUCUUCUUGAGACUGUAAGCUCUGUCUACUCCUAUGGUAUAAGAAUGUGAUUGUAUGAAUGAAUAUUUCAAUUGUUAUUUUCAGGUAUCUCAAACUGUUAGUUCUAUCGAGGCAGAUUCUCUACCUGCAGCUGUAGAAAUUACUACUGCAUCAUCAGAUCCUUCACAAAGCCACGCAGCAGCUGUCUCUGAUGAGGCUGUCGGCGUCGAAGUACCUAGUGUGGUACAGGCUGAAGCCCCGCCACAACCUAGGCGACGGCGCCGACGUGCUCAUUUAACAGCUGCAGAAGCAAGGGUGCAAAUAGUUGAAGCUGCACGACAGAGGGCUGCUACUGAAGCUGCAAAUAGUUUAAUACUUCAAGAAGCUAUUUGUCUCUUCCGUGAAUUAGUGGCUAUAAUUAGAAGAAGGUACGGCGAAGAGCCCAGAGACGUGCCACAAGAUCACGCCGUGUAGAUAUACCAUGUUGAAGCUCAAUGUUGUGUUGCCCAGCUGGUUC